GGGAAAGAAUCUUCUUACAUACCAGGUGGCAUUCUUACUAUCGACACUUUGCUGCUUAAAGCUGAAUGCCAGAACCCUUUGAUAGGAGCAGCAAAUGGUUAUAUUCCAAGAUUGUUUCCUUAAUCUUCUUAUACCCAAGUGAACCUUCAUCAUGACUGAAAUAUGGCUAAUAACUAGAAGGACUUCAACUAUGUUUUUAAUUAUUACCUCAGUGAUUUUUAUGUCUCCGCUGGAAUCUUCAGGCUUUCAGCUAACGCCUGAGAAGAUGAAGUAUGACGAUGCAAGGCGUUACUGUAGAAACAUGAAUACUGAUGUAGCCACUGUUUACAAUUUAGCAGAAGUUAAUAUUAUGCUCAGUUUAGUUUUGUCAACUGGUAGUAACAUUUGGAUAGGACUGGAGCUUGGAAACCUGUGGAUUUGGCACUGGACUGGGUCUGAUCAAGGAACAAGCUUUUUAAACUGGGAUAUUGGAGAACCACAUAAUAACAAACAAGAAGCAUGUGCAGUAAUGAAUCAAAAUGGAAUGUGGCUUGAAAAUGACUGUGGAACUCUAGAGAGCUUUGUUUGCCAAGGUAUUGGGGACGUCAGCACUUACAUCUUUGUUGAGGUUAAGAAAUCGUGGAGGGAAGCUCGCAGUCAUUGCUGGAACCUUUCAUCUGACCUGGUUACAAUACACUCAGCAGAGGAAAAUAAAGCAAUCCGCAACAUAUCCACUACUGAAAGGUUGUGGAUUGGCCUUUUCAAAGAUCCAUGGACGUGGUCGGGUGGCAGUAACUCAUCUUUCCGCUUUUGGGUUGCCAAUGAACCCAAAUAUGGUAGCAAUGGAAAUUGUGUUACAGCUGACUUAAGAAACAAUGGAAAGUGGUCCACUCAGAACUGCAAUAACAGACAAAGUGUCAUUUGUGGAACAGCUCAGACCGGAACAUCAUUCCAAACAACAACCCGAUCACCAACUCCAAUGUCGACUGUCAGCAGUUUUUACUCAGAAGACGGCCUGAUAUUAAUCCAGAAAAAUAUGACAUGGAUUUCAGCUUUGAGCUUCUGCAGGGAGCACUAUGUCGACCUGGCUCAGAUUACCAGUGAAGCCAUUCAAGACAAAGUGGCUGAGAAGGCAAGAAGCUCUACAUCCCCUCACGUGUGGCUUGGGUUACGCUACACUUGUAACUUUAAUUUUUGGUUCUGGACCAGCUCGACUGCAGGCUGUUACCAGAACUGGCAGCCAGGAGAAGGACCAGAAAGGGCAACUCAGUGUGGCGAGAGUGGGGCCAUUGAGGCCACAGGGAGGCAGCAGUGGGUCGGUCUGCCAGAAACACAGGAGCUGAAUUUCAUCUGCCAGACCUGUGGUAACUGAGAGUGGAUUGCCAGUGACACUUUCAGUGAAGACAGUGAUGAAAUUGUCAUGAAGCUGGUUCUGAAUUGCAUUUUUGCAAGGUUUUUAAGAUGCAAAACACCAAACACUUAGCAUUUCUGAAUUACAAACAAGGUAUUAUGACUGUGCAUGAAUGGGUGAAAUACACCAUCCUCUGCUAUUGUUCAUGUCCAAUUCUAAAUUAAUAUGAACACGCUAAAUGUUGUAUGGGUGUGUAGAUUCACAGACAUACGUAGCAAGAGUAAUGUGAGAAAACUGAUUGGCACUACACCUCUUGUUCAGGGGUGAAAAUCUGUAUAUUGACCUCCUGGCCUGGCUGUCAGGAGCGUCUGCUUGAAAUCAAAGUCAAGGGACUGGCCCUCUGGAGUGCUUACAGAGAAAACAGAGCGUACCGAUUCACCAUAAGUACACAGAAAGUUACUCCGAGCUAUGAUAACAAAGAAAA